AUGAGUAAGGAAGAAGUAGAAAUAAAGAAGGAGUCUAAAAAGGACAAGAAAGAGAGGAAGGAAGAAAAGAAGGAAAAGAAAGAAAAGAAAGAAAAGAAAGAAAAGAAGGAAAAGAAAACUGAAGAUGAAGAAAGUGAUGGUGCAAAUGAUGAAGAAAUAGCUAUUGACUUAAAUGCUGGUGUUCCAUUAUCCAAGAAGCAAAAACGUUUGUUGAAAAAGGGUAAAUUGAACCUUGAAAAAUUAGCAAAGAAAAACCCAGCUCCAAAACCUAUCUUGACAGAAGAAGAACAACUUAUAGAAGAUGCUAAGGAACCUAAGAAAUCAGAGUAUGGUGUUUGGAUAGGUAAUUUAUCAUUUGAUACAACAAAAGAAGAUCUUACCAGAUUCAUAAUGGGGAAAACAAAUGCAUAUGAUACUGAUGCCAACGAUGGGCUUGUCAAAAUUGAAGAAAGCGAUUUCAUAAGAAUAAAUAUUCCAAAGAAAGAAAAUAAAAUAAAGGGGUUUGCUUACGUUGAUCUUCCGAGUGCCAAGCAUGUUGAUACUGUUAUCUCCUUAAGUGAAUCACAUUUGAAUGGCAGAAAUUUAUUAAUUAAAAAUGCCAAUUCCUUUGAGGGGAGACCUCAGAAGGAUUCUAAUCCAUUAUCUAAAAACCCACCAUCUAGAAUUUUAUUUGUUGGAAAUUUAUCGUUUGAUACUACCCAAGAUUUGUUAAAGGAACAUUUCAGACAUUGCGGUGAUAUUGUUAAGAUUAGAAUGGCUACAUUCGAGGAUACUGGCAAAUGUAAAGGGUUUGCCUUUAUUGAUUUCCGUGAUGAAUCGGGCCCUACGACUGCUUUGAAAUCAAAAUUAUCCAAAAAGCUAAUUAAUAGGCCAUUAAGAUUAGAAUACGGUGAAGAUAGAUCGAAGUUAACUCCCAAGAAAUUUGCUAGAAAUAGAGAGAGUGAAUCUUCAGAACAGGAUUCAGUUCCGCAGCCAUCAUAUCAGGCUUCUACACCUUUGGUUUCUACUACCAGAGAAAGAACUAAGCCACAAGCAACUCCAUUCAAGAGAAAAUUCGAUAGACCUGAAAAUAGUUCUAACAAGAGACAGAAGUCUUCAGUUGCGUUGGCUACAGCUCAAAGGGCCAGUGCCGCUAUUGUUCCUUCAGCUGGUAAAAAGACUACUUUUGACUAA